CUGACAACAUGCUGGUGACUCUCUGUGCUCUCAUCACUGCUCUAACAUGUGUGAGUGGUGUGACGGUGGUGACACAGAAACCUCCUGUUUUAUCAGUGAGGAAAGGAGAAACAGCCACCAUGGACUGUAACCUGGGGACUGUUACUGGCAGUGCUGCUGUGUGGUAUAAACAGAUUCCAGGAGGAGUUCCUCAGUUUGUGCUGUUGUUUCGUUAUGACUACAGUUCUCCAAGCUAUGGCUCUGGGCUCUCCUCUCGAAAAUUCACAUCCGCUCAUCAGUCAACAAAAGAUUAUCGUUUGAUCAUCAGCAAUGUGGAGGAGGGAGACUCUGCAGUCUAUUACUGUCAGACAUGGGAUGGCUCUGUUAAUGAGUACGUAUCACAGUCCAAGGGAAACAGGCAAGGGUCCAGGAAGAUCUAUACAUGGAGACCAAGAAAGGUGUUAGAAGUACCAGGGAACACAGGAAAGUACACUAGAGAGAGCCGGGCUACACUAACAGAGGAGGAGAAACAGAGCGAUGAGAGGAGGGCGAUGGGGAUCUGGGGUGAGCAGAUGGAGUGUGAUGGCAGGAGGGCAGGCAGGUGUGCAGGAACUGGAGGAGGUGGCCCUGCCCAGGGGCGGAUCCCAGUUUCAGGCUCCAGCCUCCCUCCUCCUGUCCUGACAGUCUUCCCUCCGUCCAGUCCUGAGCUCCAGUCCAACACAGCUUCUCUGGUCUGUCUGUCCAGUCAGUCUGUGCCUUUUGCAGAUGUGAGCUGGUUGGCUGCUGGGAGUCCAGUGAGCAGUGGGAUCUCUACCAGCACUGCUGUUCAGAGACCAGACCAGACUUACCAAAUCAGCAGCUCUCUGACCAUCCAGCCAUCAGACUGGAACAUGGAUAAGGUUUAUACAUGUAAAGUGUCUUUGGGCUCACAGACUUUACACAAAACUAUCAAGAUGUCAGAAUGUCCCACUGAAUAGUCGAGAAUCAGAAUG